GCGUCAUUUCCGUUGUCAGGUGGUGCUGUCGCUGUGGAAAGAUGCGAUCAGCGAAGAGCGGAGGCUUUUCCUUAAUUGCUCAUUUCGGUAACAGAGGCUAAACAACCCGAAACCAACCCUCUGUGGUCUCUCCUGUUUAAGCGAGAAGCUCCGCAUAUCCACCACAGCGUGUACCCAAGAAAUAUCCAUGUUGUAAGCAGACAACGCAGACUUUACCCGGCGGUUUUGGCUCGAGAGCUCCAGUAUGUCCAAGCGGCGCUCGUCGGAGAGGGGGGCUGGAGAGACAUCAGGCAGGGCCAGCAAGCUGCAAUGUCCUGGGAUAUCCGGCAAUAACGCCAAGAGAGCCGGGCCCUUCAUCCUUGGGCCUCGCCUGGGCAACUCACCAGUGCCCAGCAUAGUGCAGUGUCUGGCCAGAAAGGACGGCACAGAUGACUUUUAUCAGCUCAAAAUCCUUACGCUGGAGGAGCGAGUGGACUCUGCAGGGGAGACUCAGGAGGAGCGGCAGGGGAAGAUGCUGCUGCACACAGAGUACUCUCUCCUUUCUCUGCUGCACAACCAGGAUGGGGUAGUCCACCACCACGGCCUCUUCCAGGAUCGAGCCUACGAAAUAGUGGAGGACAUGGAGGCGAACAAAGUGCGCAAGAUGAAGAAGCGGAUUUGCCUCGUGCUCGACUGCCUGUGUGCUCACGACUUCAGCGACAAGACAGCCGAUCUAAUAAACCUCCAGCAUUACGUUAUAAAGGAGAAGCGGCUGAGCGAGCGCGAGGCCAUCGUCAUCUUCUACGAUGUGGUGCGUGUGGUGGAAGCCCUUCAUAAGAAAAACAUCGUGCACAGAGACCUCAAGCUGGGAAACAUGGUGCUGAACAAACGAACUCACCGAAUCACCAUCACCAACUUCUGCCUGGGAAAGCACCUGGUGAGCGAGGACGACCUGCUGAAAGACCAGAGAGGAAGUCCGGCCUACAUCAGCCCCGAUGUAUUAAGUGGUCGGCCGUACCGUGGUAAACCCAGUGACAUGUGGGCUCUUGGCGUGGUCCUGUUCACCAUGCUGUAUGGCCAGUUCCCCUUCUAUGACAGCAUACCUCAAGAGCUCUUCCGCAAGAUCAAGGCUGCAGAGUACUCCAUCCCAGAGGACGGUCGCGUGUCGGAGAACACGGUGUGCCUGAUCCGAAAGCUGCUGGUGUUGGACCCUCAGCAGAGGCUUACUGCAGGAGAGGUGCUGGAGGCGCUCAGUGGUAUCAUUGCCUCAUGGCAGUCUGUUUCAUUGUUAAGUGGCCCUCUGCAGGUGGUGCCGGAUAUUGACGAUCAGGUCAAUCACCCAGAACAUAUGCAAGAGGCUAAGGUGAUAGAAGAGUCUUCACAGUACGAGUUUGAGAACUACAUGCGCCAGCAGCUGCUGUUGGCGGAAGAGAAGAACACUAUCCAUGAGGCCAAGAGCUUUCUCACCAAGCGCCCGUUUGGCAGCAUCCCACCUGUAAGGCGUCUGGGCCACGACGCGCAGCCUGUCAGCCCGCUAGAUGCCGCCAUCCUGGCACAACGUUUCCUCCGGAAGUAGUCCCCAACCACCCAUGGCAGCCUCCCUGAGCUCCCCGGGGAGUACAGAGACCUGUGGAGUCCAGAGAGGACUGAGGAGGACAAGACCCAAAACUGACCUCGCAUACUGGAGGCCCAGCCUGAACCAGGGUGCACACGGCCCCAUUCGUACAUGGGCUUUUGGGCAAGCUAGGUGGAGCAGGUGUGAGGAUUGCACCAGAACAAACUAGCUCAUUUAAACAUUCACUCCUCAUGUCUGGAUCUUCCAGUGAAACAUGGAAAGCCCCGGAGGAAGAUCUGAACCAAAGGUUCCUUGCCCUCAGGUCACCAACAGUCAGAUCUCACUGUGCAUCUAACCUGAUGGUGCACUCCCACAUGGGGCUUACACAAGGCUCUGCCUGGAGAGCUGAAGAGACGACUAACCCCAUAUUCCAUCUCCCUUUUUUGAGAUCUCCCUUCUGUAACCCUUCCCCCAUCAACUCUGGAUCCCCUGAGCAAUACAGAAUCAUGUAGCAGCCCCCUCUCUUCCUAGUGGUUAAUGGUGUUGCCUCAAGUCAGAUCCCCUGAUCACAGAUGUCACUUCUCUAUACCUCCAGUCCACCCUCGCCCUCUUACUCCUCCCUCUUCCUCUACCUUUUUCCUGUACCGAAAGUGAUCCAGACCGGUCCCGUCUGUAACUCUGACUUCAAAUCAAUCUACCUCUCUGUCUCUCUUCUCUGUUGGUAAACCAUGCUCACUGUUCUGAGACCAGGGAUUGUAACAAUGGAGUCUUGAUGCCACCAGUGACACGAAGCAUUAAUGUUUUCUGUCCGAGUGAUAAUGCUUUGAAACCUUUUCAGAGGUUUCAAAAGAAAUCUGAAUAAGCUUUUUUUUUUUAAAUCAUAUUUACCUUAAUAAGUAGCAUUUCACCCCUACCUUUUGGAUUGAAGAUACUGAAUAUCAAAGUAUGUGCACAUGCAUCCUUUGAUAUUCGCAGAAUGCAUUGUCUGCUGCUUUUGCUCAUCCCUGUGGAAAUCUAUUUUUAGCAUCUAGGCAGCUAGUGUGAGUUACCUGGAAGUCACAAUGCCAAGAACUGAAUGGGAAACACUGUUGGAUCCUCCCUGCCAAGGCAUAUUGAUGGUAACACUUCCUCAGUGCCAUUCUAGUGGAGAUCAGGCACUGUCAUGUUUCUAUUGCCAAAAAUCAUGUCUUAAAAAUUACUCUUAGCCAAGGAAACUGGUACCCACAGCCUCAUUCAGAAUCAAAUGGCUUCCAGGUAUUCAGACUUCCCUGUUUCUCUUUGUCAAGACGGAUCAUGGGACACGUGUUCUGAAUGUGAACCGCCAUUCUACGCUUUAAUAAGUCUGCAGUAUCCAUGCGUGUGUGUGUGUGUGUGUGUGUGUGUGUGUGCGUGUGUGUGUGUCUGUGUCAGUGUGCUUUGGGCCAGGCAGAGUCAGUGGAGCUGUUGACCUCUGACAGCCACAGACCCUUUUAAGCUAUCCUCCUAUCGUUGUGUUCUGUGAUCUGGCCUGCCUCAGUGGCAGACACUGUGAAAACCAGUGCAGGCUUUGCUGAGAUGGGGCUUGACUGAAUGUGUUGGCGAUUGCCAUGAAUGCUGUCCUUCAAUCGGGAUAAUCUAUUGCCAUUCUCAAGCCCUCUUUCCAGCUCAUCUUGUACGUGCUCGUAUUAUCUCACCAGCUGAGAGCCCAGCUGCUGGCCGGUAAUUGAUACUGUAAUAUUUCAUAGACAAAUGAAAAUACAGACUCGUAGAUUUUACGUUGUAGUUGCUGGGUCUAGCUAUUGAUGCAUUCUUGUCUUUUUAUCAAAGAGUUUCUUCAAACCAUGGCAAAGCUACUAGCCAGUGACUGUUAGGCAUCUGUACACUGCAACUUGCCUUUGCGUAUUGGUACCUGCUUUAGGCUACACUUCUUCCUAUUUAUAUCAAACUGAUUGCAUGAACAUAGGCUCUGGAAUAUUUUCAAAUGUCUUUACUUCUUCUUUUUUCUUUAUAAUUUCAUGUUGAUUUAUUUAUUCACUUGUGAUGACCCCCCCCCCCCCCCCCCUCCCCCUAAACUACUGGUGCUUGUAUCACAGACUAGGCACAGCGUAUGCCGGUGACACAGGCCCUGAAACCCUUUGCUCUCAGCUUCAAGGAGUGUUUUCAACUCCAACAUUAAAUUUGUAGUUUUCAAUCCUUCUCAGCCACAUUCAUGAACGAGUAGCAUCAGUUUUUUGUGUUUUUGUUUUUCCUUAUUUUUGGAUUCCUAAAUAAUUUUCUUGCCAUUUUACCACAAACGUGGUCGAUUUAAGCUACACUAAUAACGAGACUGACUUUUCAUAGUUAUAUUUUUUACAGAAAACAAAAUGAUACACUCACAUUAUCGUAAUGUUGUACGGGAGGGGUUUUGUGUUUUCCUUUUUUCUUUUAUCAUUUACCCAAAAAUCCCCACACAAAGCUUCUCUCUUUGGUCAGUAUGUAAAUAUGUACCAUCAUGACUGCGCCAGUCAUAUUGUGUGUGUGUGUGUGUGUGUGUGUGUGUGUGUGUGUGUGUGUGUGUGUGUGUGUGUGUGUAGUUCCACCCAGUGAGAUACCAACUCGACACAUGCCUAUUGACGUGCAUUAUAGGCCACGUUGGCCGUCAACCACCACAUCCAGAGGCUAAAAUUAUAUGUAAAGAGAGCGGUCUGCUUUCUCCCACCUCAAUGUGAAUUCCAUGGGUAUACAGCAGUAUUGUAGUAGUCUAGGUUGUUCAUCAGAAAAGGGUAUUUCAUGAACACCGUAGCCAUUGCUGAAUACUGACAUUAAAGGAUCUGUGUGUGGAAAAUGUCUCGCGCCAUCUUCCAUGAUGUCCAAUUACAGAUUAGUACCUACAGGUUCAAUAGACCCUUGGUGUAAAUGUUAUUUUGUCCCCCCCCCCCACCCUCCCCCCAAAUCAAGAAGUGUUUCACCUUCUAGCUAGUGGAUUGUACCACAUUCAAUGUUUGUUUUACAGAGUUGUAUUGAUGGACUGAAAAGCAUGGACAUAGUGUAAGGUUCAACUCUGUGUAAAACAUGUGACUGUUGCAUGAUGUUAAACUUGCAAGGUGUGACAGAGCAACCGAUCGACAAUUUGAAGAUGAUUUACUCCUUUGAGUCCUACGGGAAACUGCAAAGCGAGACAGAUCUAGCCCUUAAUUGGAUGAGUAGUCAAAUUGUGUUGCUAAAUUUUCAAAAUUUGAGUUUUUAUGAUGAUUUUCACCCCGCUUCGAACGUCCUACGUUUUCAGUAUAUAACCAAUUUAUUGCUGGCUGUUUCAACUGGAAACUUGGUGUAGGAUUAUGAAAUGUGGUGUAGUUUAAACCCAAUGGGAUAAUGUGUUGUAAGCUGCUUGGUUGGACAUGGGCAUCUAGAUACAGAAAACUGCGUAAUUGUACAGAUGAAAAACACGUUUGUAUAAAAAAAAAAACAUAUUUUUCUACUUCAUCAGAUCUCUACAUGCAUGUCAGCAAUAAACAUUUGAUAUGGAAACAUU